GAGCCUAGCUCCACGACGCGCACAUACAGACACAGUCACGGUCUCACGGACGCUCGCGCGCGCGUCACUCAUGGCGGCCAUGGCGGGCACGGCGGAGAGGAAGCUGAAGGUGUGGGAGCUGGUGCUCCGGUGCCUCGUCCUCGGCCUCGGCGCGGCGGCGGCGGCGCUGGUGGCCACGGACAGCCAGACGCAGACCUUCUUCUCCAUGGAGCGGCGGGCCAGGUUCACGGACAUGAAGGCGCUGGUGCUCCUGGUGGCCGCCAACGGCGCCGCCGCCGGGUACAGCCUGCUGCAGGCGGGGCGGUGCGCUGUGGCGAUGGCGCGCGGCGGCGGCGGUGCGCUGGCCCUGAGCAGCAGGGCGCUGGCCUGGGCCGUCUUCUCCGGCGACCAGCUGCUGGCGUACGCGAUGCUGGCCGCGACGGCGGCCGCGCUGCAGUCGUCGCUGCUCGGGAAGCUCGGCCAGCCGGAGCUGCAGUGGAUGGGCAUCUGCGGCCUCUACGGCGCCUUCUGCAGGCAGGUCAGCGUCGCCCUCGCCUGCGCCGUCGUCGCGGUCCUCGCCACCGUGCUCCUCGCCUCCUUCUCCGCGUUCAACCUCUUCCGGCUCUACGGCGGCGGCUGUAAGGGGAGCAGCCAUGCUAGGAACGGCGCCACGUGGUAAGUCUAGGAAGCCCAUCCUAGCCAGUGAAGUAAGAGCAAGCUGUUGCGCCGCACCGCCUCGAUCUUCUUGGUGUAAAUUGUAACCCAUCGAUCGAUCUUAGCAACUACUUCAGAGUUCAGUGGAUCAUUGAAAUCUGAAGAACAAGCUGAAGAGUGAAGGCGUCGAUCCAAAAGCAAUGCUGCUCCUAGCUUAGGACUCCGGAUAUUGAUGGUGUGCUCGAAAUUACGCACUUCAAAUCCUAGUCUCUCUACAUUCAGUAAAAACCUUUACUGGCUUGGACAUUCGGAUAAAAAUAAAGCCAGUUGCUUAUUACUACUCCUCAACUGUGUAUGCAUGGCUCG